AUGAAUUCCGCGUCGCUAGGAGACAAGGCGCUCGCCAACUCCGACUUUCCCGAUGCAAUUCGAUACUUUACCCAGGCGCUGAUUGAGCUUCCUCGUGCGCCGCCAUACUACAUCAAACGAUCCACCGCUUUCUCUCGACUAAAACCCGCGGACGGUGGGCCCAACUAUUCGGCCGCUCUACAUGAUGCCGAGAUCGCUCUGACGCUUGCGCUGGAGCGUGGGAAACACGAGCUUAUCAUGGCCGCCCAGAUGAGACGAGGUGUCGCGCUAUAUCAGCUGGGACGGUAUGGGGAUGCCGCGUUCGUGUUCGGGACUAUUCAGGCAAAGACCGCUGCGGAGGAUGAGAGUGGGGACAAAUCGGAGAAGGUGAAGAAUGCUAUGGCUGGCGCAGCCAAAAAUAAAUAUCAGCAGGAGCUGCCUAUCUGGACGCUGAAAGUGAAGAGUCAGCUUAACAAGCUGGCCGAGGGGGACGAGAAAGCUGCUGUGACGGUCGUUGAGUAUCCCACGGGUAUCCAAAGCCCUAGCGAGAAGGAACUUAAGAAGCAGCUGGAGGCAUUCAAGUCGGGAAAGGCUGGGGACAACGGUGUUCUGGCGCCGGAGAAGCAUCAGGGCUCGACCGACGCGGGAGCUGCUUCUUCCGCCUCGGAGAGCAAGCCGGUAUCAUCAAAUGCUCCGGCUGCUCCUUCGGUUGAAAAGGUCAGACAUGAGUGGUAUCAAUCUAAUGAGUCCGUGGUCGUGACCCUGUAUGUGAAGGGAGUACCCAAGGACAAAACGAGUAUCCAGCUCGCGAGCGACUCGGUUACCGUUGGAUUCCCUCUUCCGUCUGGCGCUGAAUAUGACUUUACUCUCGAUCCAUUGUUUGCCACUAUCGAUGCUGCCGCAUCCAAGGUCUCCGUAAUGUCCACCAAGAUCGAACUCUCAUUGCGCAAACAGACGCCGGGCCAGAAAUGGAGUGCUUUGGAAGCCACGUCUACGGACGUUAAGAUAUCCGACCGGCAAGCCGCUGUGAGCUCUGCACCAUCCAGUAGCGCCGCGCCGAUCUAUCCUUCGUCAUCUCGCAAGGGACCAAAAGACUGGGACAAGUUGGCAUCAACCUUAACGGAAAAGAAGACCAAGUCCGGGGACAAGGGCAAGGGCAAGAAGAAAAUGGCGACAGGCGAUGGGGCAGCCGACUCUAAGAACGAUAGGGCAGGUAAUGAAUCGGACGGUGGGGAGUCGGUCGACUCGGAUUACGAGGGUGGCGACCCAGUCGACUCUUUCUUCAAGAAGCUGUACGCUGGUGCUGAUCCGGACACUCGCCGUGCCAUGAUCAAGAGUUAUGUUGAAAGCCAGGGAACAUCUCUGAGCACUAACUGGAAUGAAGUCGGCCAAGGCAAAGUCGAGGCUCGGCCUCCCACUGAUUGA